UGUAUGGUUGUCAUGUGUCACGCAGUCUGGCUGGUCAGCUGACAGAUCCGGGUCGAUUGUGAUGUUUACUUUCUUUGUUUAGUACGUUAACCUGCGCUUUUUUGAAUGAAUGCAGCGCUAUGCUUCGCCAAGAAGAACCAUGGUAGUCGUCAACUCGGUGCUGAAGCUGUUACAGAGGCAGACGUACACCUGUCUGUCCCACCGAUAUGGACUCUACCUCUGCUUCGGGGGGCUCGUCCUCAUGAUAGUUUCUGCCUUUCAGUUUGGAGAGGUGGUGGUGGAGUGGAGUCGAGACCAGUACCAUGUGCUGUUUGACUCCUACAGAGACAAUGUAGGUGGGAAGUCAUUUCAAAGCAGGCUCUGUCUGCCCAUGCCUAUUGAUGUGGUGUACACGUGGGUGAACGGCACAGACGUGGCUCUGCUGAAGGAGCUGAAGAUGGUCAAAGAGCAAAUGGAGGAGGAACAAAGAGCUCUGAGGGAACGCCUGGGGAAAAAUGCAAGUGAAACAACCGAAGUGCCAAAAGACAGCGUUAAGCCAGAAUGCCUGCUGUCCCACUGCAUCAUAGCGCCCAUGCUGGCCCUGGACCCCGCUCUGCCGGCCAACAUUACACUCAAAGAGCUGCCGACGCUCUCUCCCUCCUUCUCUGCUGCCAAAGAGCUGCUGCUGAUGAACAAACCCUUCCACCCGUCCACCACCGCCUCUGUGGUAGUCUUCCAUUCGCAGGCUGACGCUGAUAAAGCCUAUACAGACGUGUCCAGAGAAGACCAGAAAUUCUCCGUGUCCAGAUGUUACCUGACGACAGACAAAGAGGCUCCGGGCCUGAUCCGCAUGCAGUCUCUGGCCUAUCUGAGCGGCUUUCCGGCGUCCUUUAAAGAAACAGAGCAGCUGAGAGGCAAACUGCCUUCUGUCAUAACCAGUAAGAUCAAACAGUUCGAGUUGUACUCUGAGGCCAGCAUCGCUCUGCUCCACCUGAAAACCCCGCAGGACUUCACUGAUCUGACCCAGCAGGCUAAGAAGAACCUGACCCUGGAUGGAAAAGAGUUAACCAUCAGCCCCGGCUACUUGUUCUGGGACCUGACCGCCAUCUCACAGUCCAAACAGGAUGAAGAUGUGUCAGCCAGCCGAUUCGAGGACAACGAGGAGCUCCGCUAUUCGCUGCGCUCCGUGGAGAGACACGCCCCCUGGGUGCGACACGUCUUCAUCGUCACAAAUGGGCAGAUUCCCUCCUGGCUCAACCUGGAUAACCCCCGAGUUACAGUUGUCUCACAUCAGGAUAUCUUCCAGAACCGCAGCCACCUACCCACGUUCAGCUCCCCGGCCAUUGAGACCCACAUCCACCGCAUCCCAGGGCUCUCCCAGAAGUUCAUUUACCUCAACGACGAUGUGAUGUUCGGCAAAGACGUCUGGCCGGACGACUUCUACAGCCACUCGAAAGGACAGAAGGUGUAUCUCACCUGGCCCGUCCCCAACUGUGCCGAGGGCUGCCCAGGAUCUUGGAUCAAAGAUGGGUACUGUGACAAAGCCUGCAACAACUCUGCCUGUGACUGGGAUGGAGGAGACUGCCUCGGUGCAGCAGGGAACAGUCGGUUUGCGGCUGGGGUCGGUGGCGGCGGGCCAGGUGGUGCUGGUGGACAGGUGUGGCAGUUUGCAGGUGGUCUUGGAGGUCUCGGGGGGACGUCCUACUGUAAUCAAGGCUGUGCCAACUCCUGGUUGGCAGACAAGUUCUGUGACCAAGCCUGCAAUGUCCUCUCAUGUGGCUUUGAUGUGGGAGACUGUGGCCAAGAGCACUUUGGUGAGCUGUACCGUGUGACCCUGGUGAGGAAUCAGAGCCUGUACUCCCUCCCAGGAGGUGAAAUCAGGCCAUAUUUCAGCUUCGACAGACUGGCUCGCAGAGUCUCUGAGGCCCACGUCAGCGAAAACGUGGUGGUUCGCCACACCUCCGUCGCCAACAAGUGGAAGACCAUUCACCUGCUGCUCCAUCCGGGCCACAACGCCACCCAGAUCCAGUACAAUCUCACUUUCCAGAAAGAAGACGACACAGAGUUCACAAUGAGCUUCAGUGUAGCUGUCGACACCCGUUCAGUACCGGAAGCCAACGUGUCCAAGACUGCAAGCAAAGGCGCCGGCAAAGAGCCGAAGCCGACCGCGACCCCAGAGCCACCGUUCCCGUUCUCAGAUAUUCCUGAGGACAAACGGGGUCCUAAGAUCCAGAGGAAGCAGCCUGGUGAACUUGAGGUUGUCAUAGAGGUUCCUUCACUGAAUGUGUCUCUUCUACCGGCUGAUGUGCAGACUGAGCUGCAAAAGCUGGAGGGGAAGCUUCUGAUUGGUGACAUUACUAUGAAGGGUUAUAACCUCACAAAGGCGGAACUUCUAAAACCUUACAAGACACUGGCUCAAAAGCAGCAGGUCUUCGAUUUACAUCCAGUUAAUGAGGGUGCAGCCAAGGUCCAGGGAAAGCCCCAUAAAGACUUGGAGGGCGAGCUCCUGGCGGGAAAACCACCUGUUGAAGAGAAAGCUGGAAAUAUCCAGGAAAUAUCCUGGAAAAACACAGCUGUGAAGGAAAAACUUGUCACUCCUCUUAUCCCAGUCCAUAUUGAUGACAGGCAUAAAGAAGAUUUUGUUCCCAAACAUCAUAAUGGAAAUGCUGUGAUCGAGAGGCCCAUGACCUCCAAACUUCUAAGCAGCAUUUCCAAAACCAAGAGCGCUGAGAGUCAGGCAGAGCAAGCCGACGCUGCAGGAGGAGCUCCAGUGGGGAGGAGACUCCAACACUUCAUCUCCUCAGACAGAGGCUUCCUGCCGUGGGAGAGGAGGAAGUACUUCCAGGAACUGCUUGAGGAAGAGGAGCGUCUGCAGAGAGAAGAGUCCUAUCAGACCGAUGGUGCCGCCACUGGCCGAAGGCUGCAGGACACUUUUGCCGACUCGCUGCGCUACGUCAACAAGCUGCUCAACGGGCAGUUUGGAUUCACGUCCCGCAAAGUCCCCGCACACAUGCCUCACAUGAUCGACCGUCUCAUCAUGCAGGAGCUGCAGGACACAUUCCCAGAGGAGUUUGUUAAGACAUCAGCCCAUCGUGUUCGUCACUCAGAAGACAUGCAGUUCGCCUUUUCAUACUUCUACUUCCUGAUGAGCGCUCAGCAGCAGCUCAAUGUGUCUGAGGUGUUCGACGAGAUCGACACCGACCACUCAGGCAUCCUGUCCGACCGGGAGAUUCGAACUCUGGCCACAAGGAUCCACGAGCUGCCGCUUAGCCUCCAGGACCUGACAGGCUUGGAACAGAUGUUGAUAAACUGCUCUAAGAGUCUCCCGACUAACCUGACCCAGCUCCACCUGGUGAACCCAACUCAGGAGACCUACUAUGACCCCAGCAUGCCUCCUGUUACAAAAGGCCUCAUCCUUCACUGCAAGCCCAUUACAGAACGUAUUCACAAAGCCUUCAGAGACCAAAAUAAGUACAAGUUUGAGAUCAUGGGGGAGGAGGAGAUAGCUUUCAAGAUGGUGCGGACAAAUGUGUCCCAUGUGGUCGGCCAGUUAGACGACAUCAGGAAGAAUCCCAGGAAGUUCAUCUGUCUGAACGAUAACAUCGAUCACAGCCAUAAGGACGCUGCCACAGUGAAAGCUGUGCUGAGAGACUUCUACGAGUCCAUGUUCCCGCUGCCGUCCCAGUUUGAGCUGCCCAGAGAGUAUCGCAACAGGUUCCUGCAUAUGGAGGAGCUCCAGGAGUGGCGAGUGUAUCGGGACAAGCUGAAGUUCUGGACGCACUGUGUCCUCGUGACGCUCGUCGUCUUCACCAUCAUGUCCUUCUUCGCCGAACAGCUGAUUCUGCUGAAGCGAAAGCUGUUCCCCAGACGCAGAGCGAACAGGGACAGCAACCCUGAGAGGGUGUGACAGAGGAAGACCACCUUCCCUCGCUUCAACCUCCACCCUUUCUCUCCUGCUCGGCGGAGAGGACAGGAGAGGAUUCAGACCGGGAGACUGGGUGGAAACGGGAAUCUAAAAUCUGCGAUGCUUGUGUUGCGUCAGCGCGGGCUGAGGAGAGAGACUCAUGUGAGAUGGCGUUGAAACAUUUUUUAUGAGAUGAUGGACGGGGCUGGCCGGUGAUAGGAAUGGCAGCCAGCAUGGAGAGGCGUUCCUCAUCUUCUUUUCCUCUGCUGGGGGCAUCUGAGACUUUUGUACAACACACUUACAUACACAAACAAACACUCCCUCCACACUGCACCUCCUGCCCUCACCACGCCAUUGAUUGAUGUGCCGUUAAAGUGUGAAACAUUUGAUAGCAGCUGGUCAACACUCGCUCUGUGUGUGUGUGUGUGUGUGUGUGUGUGUGCGUGCAGCAAGUUUUACCAUAAAAUCCACAGACUUUUGUGUUUAAAGCUCAAACGAUUGGCAGAUGGAUUGACUGAAUAAAAUCUGCAACUGUUUUGAUAAUCGAUUAAUCCUUCCGUCACUUUUCAAGGAAAAAAAUGCCCCAGAUUUGCUGGUCCGAGCUUCUUAAAUGUGCUUUCUGCUUCUCUUUGUUUUAUAUCCUGAUUCGUUUAAUGUCUUUGGGUUCGGGACUGUCACUUUGGGUGGUGGGAAACUGUGACAACCAUUUUUCACAGUUUUAUAGACAAAACAAUUUGAUUGAUUAAUUGAAAAAAUAGUCUGCAAAUUAAAAAAAAAACAGGUACUUGCAGCUAAUUGAUUGUGUUUGGCUCAUUUUGAAGAAAUGGAGGAACAAGUACAUAUAGGAUGAAUAAAAUUACAGUGUUAUGCUUAUUUUCAGGGUGAUACAUUGGUUGUCUUCUAGAAAGUACAUGCUUUAAUGUGCUUUAAUGCUCCAAAAUCUUUAUUUUUCUCGUACUGUCAGUUGCUGCAGCACCUCUACUCACCCUCUGUCUGUAAACACUCCAUUUUAAUGCCUGUCACCUCCAAACCCUCCUCCCAGAAGUCCCAGUCUGCUCUGAUUGGUCAGCCCCCACAGGCCCUCACAGGCGCUGUCCACCAUGUUUCUGUAUCACCGUAAAGUUGUGGCAUAACAACCUUACAGAAGUCCCGACGGCUCGUUUAAAGGCGCAGUUUCUGAAUACGGACUGUGCGCUUUUCUCAGUGGAUUUAGAGUUUUGAUACUUUCACAGUAUUUAUAUGGCACUUAGGCCUGCUUUAUAAUCCAAAAAGAUCUCACUUUCUACAAUAUGGGACCUUUAAGUGUUGGCCAUUCUAUCUUUGUUGUCUUUAAAAACAUGAAAACUUGAAGUGCCUUCGUUGUUCAUUCCUGCUUGUUUGAACGUUUUUCUUUAUCCCCUGUUGUUUGUUUUUUAACGUCUUCUUAUAAAAGUUGGCCACAUCACACCCUAGUCUAGGAUGAAUGGGAUAUUAUCAUUCUUAAUGUGGUACAAAUGUAAGUGAUACUACAGCUUUCAUCGCCACCUGUGUGUGUGUCCCUGUGGGACUCAGCAGGCUCGCUACUGUCUGAAAUUCAGACCCCGUCAGCAUGUUCUGUAACUUAUUUUGAUUGUACUGUUGUGACGGUGAGCCCAGUGACUGAUGCAUCUGAUCUGAAUGCCGCAGAAUGUAAACAUACCCUCAGACAAUGCUCGUUAACUUUUUCCUCUGAAUGUCAGUUUUACAAAGUUCGUUAUUAUAAUGACAAAAAUGGAAGCGACUACUAGAUGCUGUCAGCAUUUUACUGCUAGCAUACCGGUCACACGGAGACGAUGAGUAACACUUGUCGAAAUGGGAUUCCUCAGAUUGCAUCAGUGGCUCCUGUGAAAUAAAAUGUGAUUUGG